AUGGGUUUAAAUAAUUCUCGCUUUCGUAUGACAGCACAAGAUAUUGUCAAUGAAUGCAGUGACAAUAGCGCGGUAAGUCAACUGCAUAUUCUUGUUACUGGUGCUACUUCCGGUAUUGGUCUGGAAACUGGUCGAGUAUUAGCCCGUGCCGGAGCAAAAGUAUAUUUAAUGGGAAGAGAUGAAGCAAAAUUACAAGGUGUCAUUCAAAAUAUUAAUAAUGAAUUGCAACAGCAAUCAUCCGGUGGGUCCGUAAAAGGUGUCAUUUGUGAUUUGAAUAGUCUAACUAGUAUUAAACGGUUCGCACAACAAUUCUUGGAAGAAAAUAUACCUUUGAAUAUAUUGAUAUUAAAUGCUGGAAUCUUUAACUUUAACUUUGCUCAAACUGUUGAUGGACUGGAACAAGUUAUAGGUGUUAAUCAUUUUGGUCAUGCCUAUUUAACACAAUUGUUAAUGCCGACACUGAUAAAUAAUGCUCCAUCAAGAAUUGUAAUUGUAUCGUCAAAAUUUCAUGCCGGUCCACCGUUAAAUUAUCAAGCAUUUGCUCACAUGAGCAACAUUGGAAAUAAGUCAAAAAGUGGAUGGGGUAUGAUAAGUAGUUAUCAACAAAGUAAAUUGGCCAAUGUUUUAUUUGCCCGUGCACUUUCAUCUCGAUAUAAAGAUAAACAAGUUACAGCUUAUUCUCUUCAUCCGGGUCUUAUUGAUACAAAUUUAACUUCGAACAUACCACUGGCUAGUGUUGCUAAAAUACUUCUUCCAAAUAAAAAGUCAAUGGCACAAGGAGCCGCUACUACGGUAUAUUGUGCAUUAAAACCAGGCUUAGAAAAUGAAACUGGACGUUACUUUGAUGAUUCUACUGUUACAAAUGUAGCGGAUAAAUGGACAGAUAAUGAUAUCAAUACAUUCUGGGAAUGGACAGAAAAGGUCAUUGAAGAACGUACAGCUAAAUUAUAA